AGUUAUCGUGUGAACUUCAUCGGAAUCUAACGGCAAUACAGGAGGAUAGGCAAAAAUAAAGAAAUAAUUUUGGCAUAGAAGUGAAGGCAAGAAGAAGUUUGUGUGGAAAGGAAUAAGAUAAAGUUUUAAUGAUCGCUAAAAAGACAAAUGAAAUAAAAAUUAUUUUAUGGAAAUUUCAACGACCAUAAAUGUAAGGUCAAUAAAACGCCUCUUAUUGGAUAGACUUUGCGAAGUAAAAAAAAUUGCCAUCACUUUUAGCGCCAAAUUGGUGAAGAUAAGAAGAAGCGAAAGGAAAAAUAUUACUCUGUAAUUUUCCCUAAAGCAGCUUGUUGCAUUCAUCAGUGAAGAUUAAAAAUAGGAAGCAUAAAGGAUUAUUAUUCAAGUGCAAAACGUGUAAAUUAAAAAUGACAGAUAUAUAUUCAUUGUUGGAUAAUGUGACAAACUAUAAUAUUAAUACCAGUAUAGAUGUAAUUCUAUUCCAAACAUCAUCCUCGUCACUACUGACAGACGAUGAGAAUAAUGCAACCCAUGUUUUUUGCCCGAGUAACUAUAAUUCUGAUCCAAGUACUUUGACGAGUGUCUUGAAUGUAAUCUUGGCUAUUCUGUAUUCAAUUGUGUGCUUAAUUGGAGUUUUCGGUAACUCCCUCGUAAUUUUUGUUGUUGUUCGAUUUAGUAAAAUGCAAACCGUAACGAAUUAUUACAUCCUGAAUCUCGCCAUUGCAGACCAAUUUUUCCUUAUCGGGAUUCCAUUCUUAAUUUUUACAAUGUUCUAUGGUAAUGUUGGUAAAAUGCUAGAAAUUUCCUUUUCUAGCUUUUUUUUCAUCUCCACAUUUUUUAUGUUCCAUUUUUGAUAAGAAAAAAAUUAUUUUCCGCUUCAUAGGUCAAUGGAUUUUUGGGAAUUGGUUUUGUAAGCUUUAUAUGAUAAGUCAAUCUAUAACUCAACUCUCGACAUCAUACUUUCUGCUCAUUAUGAGUGCUGAUCGCUAUAUUGCUGUGUGCCAUCCCAUCGAUUCUCCACGCUAUCGCAAUCUACCAAUGUCAAAAGUCGUCUCGAUAUUGCUGUGGGCAUUUUCAUUUCUUUUGAUGUCACCAGUGAUCCUUUAUGCCAAUACAAUAGAAAAGAGCGAAAACUCAUCAGCAAGAUCGUGCAUCAUAAAAUGGAAUUUGGAUAGUGGAGAUGCUGAUGAGCCAUAUGCAUUUAUACUGUAUUCAUUCUUUCUUGGAUUCGCAUUGCCGCUAGCCUUAAUAUUGACUUUUUAUCUUCUUGUAAUUAAAAAGCUUCGAACAGUGCGUCAACGUUCAAAAUCAAAAGAGCGUAAACGAUCGCAUAGGAAAGUAACGAAGUUAGUUCUAAUUAUAAUUGCUAUGUAUGUCUGCUUCUGGUCACCAUAUUGGAUGCUGCAAAUAUACUCGCUAACACUCCCGCCUGAUUAUUGUAGAACAAACUUUGAAAUCAUCAUUUUCAUGCUCUUCGGAUGUCUCGUGUAUCUCAACUCGAGUCUUAAUCCGCUUCUCUAUGCAUUUCUAUCCGACUCAUUUAAAAAGAGCUUCCUCAAAGCUUGCUCAUGUGCCAAUAAAAAUGAUCUAUAUAUCCUUAGAACAGACUUUGAAAGUCCCGUGAAUAGUCGUAUGAGUAAAACACGUAGCACAGAGAAGCGACACUACACAUCUGUUGCUAUGAAAGUCAAUAGGAAAAUAGAGAAUCGAUGUCUACGAAAGAAAGAAAUUGCAUCGACAGCAAUAACAGAUGAUUCAAAAGAAAUAAUUUUGAUUUCUACUAAUACACCGAAUAGGAAGGACGUAUUACAAACAGAUUUAUGAAUUGCCAAGUCAGCAGUGCUUGUGGAAGGUUUAAACACAACGAACGUGAUUCAUGCGUUAAAGUUUCUAGAUUGAAUUUUUGUCACGUGAUUUUUCAUCACAAUUUUUUUUUCUCUUCAAGUUUAAAUGCUCGAUGAUUGAUCUCUUCUGCAAAUAUUGAUUCAAACUUUAAGCAUCAUUGUAUCAUCGGUCAGCAUAGAGUCAUAAAUGAAAAGUCAUCCAUCAAUAAGUAAACUUUGUGAUUUUCCAAUUCAAUCAGUUCCAUUUCAUUAAAUUAUUAAUUAAUUUUGAAUGGCAUUUGAUGAGUUACACUAGAAAUUUUAAAUGCAAAUCA